AAAAUAUAGAAGGUGCAUUUUGCUUUCAGAAAAUUUGUUUUUGCCAAAGCCUACUGCCCCCACUAGCCGCCCCCGGAGUUCCUGCUUUCGCCGCAAAAACAUCAACCUAACCAGCGACAUCGUAGGAUGGUAGAAACUGUCCCUCCUUUCAAAAAUAACGAUAAUUCUGAUGUAAAAGACGAGCGAGUCGUAAACGGUUGUGGACCGACUAGCGUCGAGCUUCCCAAAUUUAAGACCGUCGAUCUCGGUAAGGAUCCUGAGAAAGGCGGAUUUGGAUCGUCCCCAUUACCAUAUUCUGGCAACGAGAAGGCAGACUUCGAGGGUGCCAUCGAACAGACCGGAUAUGGAAAGUUCCACUACCUCCUGCUAGCAAUAUGCGGCUUCGUCAGCACGGCGGAGGAGAUGGACGUCAUCUCGAUGUCCUUCAUCCUACCGUCCGCGCAGUGCGACCUGGAUCUCAACACUCAGGCCAAAGGAUGGCUCAACUCCAUCAUCUUCAUCGGGAUGAUGGCAGGAGCCUAUGCCUGGGGAUCAGUGGCAGAUUCUCUGGGUCGCAAGAAACUCCUUAUAGUCAUCUCAUUCACGAACGCUCUGUGCAUUGUUGCGUCAAGUUUCAGCCAGAGCUAUGAGGUGUUUAUGGUUUUCAGAUUUUUAAACGGGGCGGCAUUAGGGGGCAGUGGACCAGUGAUUUGGUCCUAUUUUGCAGAAUUUCAACCGAAGUCAAAACGAGGUGCCAUGCUUUCAUUCAUGGCCGCUUUUUGGACCCUCGGUAAUCUCUUCGUAGCAGGGUUAGCUUGGGUUAUAAUUCCUUCAGAAAUGGGGAUAGAUACCCCAUACUUUAAGUACAAUUCUUGGAGAAUUUUCUUGUUCAUUUGUUCUCUUCCGUCAUUUAUCGUGGCUGCUUUGCUGCUAUUUCUACCGGAAAGUCCUAAAUUUUUACUUUCACGGGGAAGAACCGAUGAAGCGCUUAGUAUAUUCCGUAGAAUUUAUAAAAUGAACACCGGAAAUCCCAAAGAAAGUUAUCCAGUUAAACACUUAAUUUUGGACGAAAUGGAUAACCAAGAGGUGUACGUUAAGCCAACUUCGUUUUUGCAAAAAUAUGAAGGGAUGGUUUCUGACAUUUUGGACAACAGCAAGCAGCUUUUCGUUUCCCCAAUUCUAAAAUUAACCUUUAUAUCCAUCACUAUAAACUUCACAUUCCACAUUGGUUAUUACGGGCUGAUGAUGUGGUUCCCAGAACUUUUUACUAGGUUUGAUGAAUAUUCCAGAGCUCAUCCGGGAGUUGAAGCGAGCGUUUGUAUUGUCACUGACUUUGUAGUCAAUAACGGUAGCCAUCAAGAUGCUACUUGUUCAAGUACCAUCGAAAGUAACGUUUUCAUGGAAUCUUUGGUCACUGUAGCAUCUGCUUUACCAAGCAACAUCAUUGCUGUUCUGUUGAUGGAUCGUCUUGGUAGAAAGUUCUUCUUGGUUUUCAGUACAGUAACAUCUGGUAUAUGUUCGGCUUGUAUGUAUUUAGUCUAUAAUAAUGUUCAAAACUUAGCGGUAUCGGCAGUAUUUAGUGGUGUUAUCUCAUGCGGUAAUGCCGCGUUAGAUUGCUUAAUAACAGAAAUUUUUCCAACCAACCUCAGGGCAACUGGUAUAGCAAUAUCUAUGGUAGCGGCGCGUUUGGGAGGUAUAAUUGGUAAUAUAGUUAUUGCCCAAUUGUUAGAUAUGUAUUGUCCAGCACCUACGUUUAUAGUGGCCACCCUUCUUAUAGGGGGUGGUUUGCUAUGUCUAUUUUUACCAAACACAACUCGUGAACCUUUGAACUAAAAACUUAUUGAUGGAUCCAUUACCCUAUAGUUACCAUUAUUAGCACACGAAAGAGAGGAAUUUAUUUAGAAUUAUCUAACCACCUUACAUUUAGAGUUUUGUAGAUAGUUUUUAAUGUGUUAUAUAUUCGUAAGUUCAAAUAAAUACAUGCUAUUUGCAAAAAGUUAAAA